AUGUAUGAUAUGACGUUUAUUUUGUUUUUAGGAUCACAGCUCGUGGCCGCCAGUCUGGUGGCUGUCCUGGCUAUCGCUCACGCGGAAGAAGCCAAGGCAGCAGAAAAAGAAGUGGCAGUAACCGAUGACAAGGCGGUAACCGAGGACAAGAAACACGAAAAACGUGGACUCCUCGAUCUUGGCUACGGCGGACACGGGGGCGGUUUCGGAGGUGGUUACAGUAGCGGUGGUUACGGCGGUGGUUACGGUGGUGGUUAUGGCGGUGGAUACGGUGGACACGAAGAAGUACACAAAACUAUUACUGUCGUCAAAAAUGUCGCAGUUCCCUAUCCAGUAGAGAAGCACAUCCCCUACCCAGUUGAGAAACACGUACCUUAUCCCGUUAAAGUGCCAGUUCCUCAACCUUACCCUGUAGUUAAGCACGUCCCAUAUCCCGUAAAGGAGCUCGUCAAAGUACCCGUUCAUGUUCCUCAACCUUACCCCGUUGAGAAAAAGGUUCCCUACCCUGUACAUGUUCCAGUCGACAGGCCAGUGCCAGUCAAAGUAUACGUACCUGCUCCCUACCCCGUAGAGAAGAAGAUCCCUUACCCAGUCAAGGUCCCAGUGCCUGCACCUUACCCAGUUGAAAAGAAGGUCCCUUACCCAGUGAAGGUCCCAGUCCAUGUACCUGCUCCUUACCCUGUAGUUAAGGAAGUGCAUGUCCCCGUUAAGGUCCCAGUCGACAGACCCUACCCCGUGCACAUUGCCAAACCCGUGCCCUACCCAGUAGAGAAACCAGUACCUUACCCAGUAGAAAAACCCGUGCCCUACCCCGUCAAGGUCCAUGUUGACCGCCCUGUGCCCGUACAUGUUGAGAAGCCCGUGCCCUACCCAGUAAAGGUGCACGUACCAGCACCCUACCCCGUCGAAAAGCACAUUCCCUACCCAGUAGAGAAACCCGUACCGUUCCCCGUUAAAGUGCCAGUAGACAGGCCUUACCCCGUCCACAUUGAAAAACACGUGCCAGUGCAUGUAGAGAAGCCCGUGCCCUACCCCGUUAAGGUGCCAGUCCCGGUUAUCGUCGGUCACGGUCACGAGUAUGGACAUCAUGGUAGCUAC